ACUGUUUUUUAGGUAAAAAUAAACCUUCAAUAGUACAAAACCAAACAUAUUAUUAUUUUUAUUGUCAAAAAGGAUUUAACAAUGGCGUCCAGAAAGAUGCUGAUUGACGGAGAAGAUAACCAAACUACUGUUAAUAUCGAUACUCAUUUCGACUUUGAUUUGUUCGUUAUUGGUGCUGGAAGCGGCGGUGUUCGUGCUGCUCGAUUUUCUGCCAAUUUUGGUGCUAAGGUUGGAAUUUGCGAGCUUCCAUUUCAUCCUAUAAGCUCCGAGGUCAUUGGAGGAGUUGGUGGAACAUGUGUUAUCCGUGGUUGUGUUCCCAAAAAGAUUUUGGUAUAUGGGGCCACUUUUGGUGGUGAACUUGAGGAUGCAAAAAACUAUGGUUGGGAGCUGAAUGAGAAGAUUGAUUUCAAUUGGAAAAAGCUUUUACAAAAGAAGACGGAUGAGAUUCUCAGACUUAACAAUAUAUACAAACGAUUGUUGUCAAAUUCUGGGGUUAAACUAUAUGAAGGUGAGGGUAAAGUGGUUGGACCUAAUGAGGUACAGGUGACUCAGAUUGACGGUACCAAGUUGUCAUAUACAGCAAAGCACAUAUUGAUCGCGACUGGUAGCCGUGCAGAACGACCCAAUAUCCCUGGACAGGAAUUGGCCAUAACUUCUGAUGAGGCUUUGAGCUUAGAGGAGUUGCCCAAACGCGUUGUCAUACUCGGGGGAGGGUACAUUGCUGUUGAAUUUGCUUCUAUAUGGCGUGGCAUGGGUGCCAAUGUGGAUCUUUUCUUCAGAAAGGAACUUCCUUUGAGAGGCUUUGAUGACGAAAUGAGGGCCGUUGUUGCCAGAAAUUUGGAAGGCAGGGGUAUUCAUGUGCAUCCAAGAGCAACGCUCACAGAGCUGGUGAAAACUGAUGGCGGUAUAAAAGUUGUUACGGAUCAUGGUGAAGAAAUUGAAACAGAUGUUGUGCUCUUUGCCACUGGUCGUACUCCAAACACUAAGAGGCUUAAUUUGGAAGCUGUGGGCGUAGAACUUGAUAGUUUAAGAGCUGUGAAGGUUGAUGAGUAUUCAAGAACAAGUGUACCCACAAUAUGGGCAAUUGGUGAUGUUACUAACCGCAUGAACCUUACUCCCGUUGCUUUGAUGGAAGGAACUUGUUUUGCUAAAUCCGUAUUUGGGGGCCAGGAUUGCAAACCUGACUACAACCAUAUACCAUGUGCUGUGUUCAGCAUACCCCCUUUAUCCGUGGUGGGUCUUAGUGAAGAACAGGCUAUUGAACAAGCUAAUGGUGAUAUUUUGGUCUUCACAUCGUCAUUCAACCCAAUGAAGAAUACUAUUUCUCAGCGACAAGAAAAGACUAUCAUGAAACUCGUUGUUGAUGCUGAGACAGACAAAGUUCUUGGAGCAUCCAUGUGUGGCCCAGAUGCUCCUGAAAUUAUGCAGGGAAUUGCCAUAGCACUGAAAUGUGGAGCCACCAAGGCACAAUUUGAUAGUACGGUAGGAAUACAUCCUUCGGCAGCUGAAGAGUUUGUGACAAUGAGGGAAGCUACAAGGCGUGUUCCUGGUGCUCGCAAACCCAAGACGAAUCUUUGAAUUUUGAAUUACUAUAUACGAAGACUUUGAAUUCAAGGGAUUUGAAGAUGGCCCUUCGGCAUUGUGAAAGAAUUUGAAUUUGCAAAGGAUCUACCCAGUCGCUUAGGUUGUCAGCAUAGUGGAUAAAACUCCAUUAUAAAACAAUAUGCUUGCUUGUAUAAUUUAUUCUUUAUGCUCUAAUAAUUUUUUUUAUUUGCUAUAUUGUUUGCUACUUCAUUCAGAAAUAAAAGUUUGCUUGAUCAUAAGCACGGUUAAUCGAUGAUAGAAACAAAAAAAUUAUUAAUGUGAUAAAAGGUUUCUUAAUUAGAAAA